AUGUCAUCCUCCAUUCGUGCCAUCUCUUUCACGCCGCCGUCGGCGUUGGAAACGAAGAAACUGACGAGCCACUACGAAGUGUUACGAGUUAAACGAGACGCAUCGCCGUUGCAGAUCAAGUUGGCUUAUAGAAGUUUGGCGAAGAUGUAUCAUCCUGAUGCAUCGGAAGCUGUUUCUGAUGGAAAGGAUUUUAUUGAGAUAUAUAAAGCUUAUGAGACGCUUUCUGAUCCGGUGGCGAGGAAUGUGUAUGAUCUUAGUUUGAGUGUUGGAUCGGGACGGAGAAUGUUUGGACGUUCGUAUGUGAAUGAUUCGAGAUUUUAUAAGGGACAGAGAUGGGAAACGGAUCAAUGUUGGUAG